UCUGCGCUGCCUGGGAACGGCACGUCCUCGGUAGAAGAGGAAACCCCAAGCGCGGGAAGCUGCUCUGAGCACCGGGGCUGUCGCCACGCCCGAGAGGGGCACCCGAGGGGUACCGGGGGAUGGGGCAGCCGGGAAGGGCAGCGGAGCCCCGGAUCCGGUGUGGGACACCCGGGUGGGCGAUGCUGGGGUGGCUGCUGGCGGCGCUGGUGGCGCUGGCGCAGGGCGGUAAGUGCUCCUGCGGUGCUGGGAGAUGAGAGAUAACUUCAGAAGACUUUCUAUGAACGAUUUGGGGGCGAUAAGACCUGGGGAGCUCCCGGAGAGAGAUGGAGAUACUCGUCCAAAACCACAGGGAGGGAGUAAAGAUGGUGAAUGCCCGCUGGCAGCGGGCAGGAGUCGGGGCAAAUGGCACCGGCCAGCGCCGCAUCACCGGGGAGGGGGAACACGGGGGGCUUGGGGUGAGAAUCGCUGCUGCAGCUGCUCUGAUUCCCCAUUUGAACAACUUGGCAAGCGGUCAACAGCCACACCACCGCUCCCUCCAUGCACGGGAUGGAGUUUGGGAUGCAGGAGCCUCCAGCCGCUGCCCUGUCCCGCAGGCACCGUGGCAGCCCACGACAUCUCCUGCUGGAAGAAAUGCACCAGCAAGCCUUUCCACUGCUCCUGGCCUCCCCUCGGCCCCGCCGGCAACACCUCCUACAUCCUGAACUUCUGCUUUGAGAAGAACCGCAAGUGCAGCCGGUAUGGGGUGGGCACGGCCACCAACUACAGCCCCCCGCAUCGCCAGCUGUACAUGCUGGAUAACACCACGGUCUGGGUGGAGGCACGCUGGGGGGAGCAGAUCCACAAGACCCCCAACCACACCCUUCACCUCAACAAGGCUGUCAAACUGGAUCCACCUCCUGAUGAGAUGCUCUUCUCCAAGACUGGUGGCAAGCUGAGGGUGCAGGUGCCACGGCCACGGUGCCAAGGCCUGGAGCAGCCGGCACAGCAUGAGGCUCGCUUCUGGAGGGGGGGAGACAGCAGCUGGACACAGGUGACAUGUGAGACUGUGAUGGGGACAGGUGAAAAUUACUCAGUGACCUGUGCCCUGGGGGUCAAUGGCACCUUCGUGGUCCAGCUCCGGCACAAGCCUCCCCACUGGAGCAGCUACUGGAGUGACUGGAGCAGCAACAUCUCUGUUCCCGAGGAAAUCCUGAGGAGCCCGGUGCUGAGCCAUCAACUGGGCAAACUGGGGAGAGACGGGCAGCGGGUGCUGAGGCUGAGCUGGCAGCCAGUCCUCAAGGAGCAAAGGGAUGUCACCUACAAGCUGGACGUCCACAUGUUGGCGUGUGACUGUGCAGAGUCAGAUGAGGAGGACCCUGUGGUGCUGGGCUGGGAGGUGACAGAGCACAACCUCACCCUCUCCGGGGCUGAAUACGAAAUCCUGCUGACCGCGCUCAAUGCGGCGGGGCCGGGGCCGGCGCAGCAGCUCCGUGUGCCCGCAGAGCAGCGCGCAGGUACCCGCCCUAGCCCGAUUUUCCCCCGUUUCAUCCCAGAUCUCAGGUUCAAGGAGAUCAGCGUGGCCGGCAGCACCGUGACUGCGCGGUGGGAAGCGCCGGUCCCUGGCGAUGCCUUCUGCUUCGAGCAGCAGACGCUGCCGGAGCCUCCGAAACAGGGAAUCUGCUCCCAGCAGGAAUUCCCUGCCCACAGCAUCCACGUGCAGAGAGGAGCGCUGGGAGCGCCGGGCUGUCACCGCCUGGCCGUGCACGGCAGGGACACGGAGCGAGGCUGGGCCACCUUCGCCUUGUGGCACAGCUACUCCAGCAACGAUUCGCUGCUCGUGCCCGUCAACAUCAGCACCGGGGAGGCCGCAGUUGUGCUCCGGUGGAAGCCGUCCCCCCGUGCCGCCUGUCCCGGAGCGCUGGCCAAGUACCUCAUCUGCCACGAGGCUGAGGGGGACAACGCGAGCUACAGUGAAGUGGAUGCCACGGCAUCAAACUACACCCUCCAAAACCUCCAGCCUGGCACAGCCUACAGGGUGGGUGUUUGGGAGGUGACAGAGGACAGCGACAGGACCUGCAGUGCUUGGUGGCACUUCCAGACCAAGGGGCUGGGUCCCCGGCGAGCAGCGUGGAGAAGCAACUUGAAUUACCUGGGCAUCUCGCUUGGUGUCCCCGCCGCAGCUGCCAUCUACCACCUGAGCAAAAAGAGGGCUCGCCGCCUCCUCUUCCCACCCCUUCCCAAGCCCGUGGGCACCAAAGCCAUCCAGUUCUUGGCGGACGAGAUGAGCCAGGUGAGGUUUAAGGUGCAGGAAGGGGCAUAUCCCACAGCCCCAAACGCCCAUCCCCGGACAGGCCUCCUGGAGCCUUCGGAGAGGUUCAGCCCAGCCGAGCUGCUGCUGACGGAGCCGAAUCCCGGUGCGGAGACGCCUGACACGGACACCCAGAGUGCGGUGCUGCUCCCCGAGGUGUCGCAGGCCGGCCCAGCGCUGGAAAAGGCGGCGGCAGCGGUGGCGUCCCCGCAGGGCUGCGGGGAGGAGCUGCCCUUCGCCUACCGCAGGCAGGACACGCUGAGCCCGGGGGGAUCUCCACCCUCCAGCGCCGGACACCCACCCGGAGAGGAGGAGGAGGAGGAGGAAGAGGAGGGGAGGCAGGGGAUGCACCAGCCGCUGAUCCCCAUUGCCCUGCUCAUCUCCGACAAACCCAUCAUCAUCAGGGAUGAGGAAGGAUGGGAUCCCGUGCCGUGACCGGGCUGGAGCAGCAGGAAGGGCGCGGGGGUGUCCCGUGGAAUGCGGAGUGUCUGUGUGGGAUGCUGAGUGCCCAGUCCGUGCGUGGCACCGGCACUUUCAGGGGGUUUUCUGGUUUCCAGGACACGGAAGGCGAUGCCUCUGGACGCGGCAUUGCACCGGGACAGGUUUUGGCCACGCUGUUUCCAGCCUCAACCUUUCACCAGCGACAAAACCCAAGCGAAGGCGGCUGCAGCGUCUGGCCAGGACCGAGGGUAUUUCCACGGCUGGAUGGGGAGGAGAAGCAGAGCUUCAUCCCAGCCGGCUACUGCCUCUGGAACCAGUACCGUGGUGGGGACUCAAAAAGCCCCAGCACUAAACACCAGAUACCUGCAAAAAAUUUUUAAAAUGUGCAAAAACUAAAGGAAAAAAAAAUUUAAAAAAAUAAACACAAACAUUAAAAAAUUAAAACAAUUGCACAAAGCAGCAGGGCUGAGAUGGUUUUUCCUGGCCUGACCCGCGCAGAUUACAGCAAGGAUUUAGAGGCGAGGUUCAAUCCAUGGCGCUGUGGAGGGCGCAGCGAGGCAGCCGGGAUGGGGGUCCAUGGGGGCCUCCUCAGCCCCCUCCAGUGGGGCCACGCCGCCUUCUCGGGCCUUAUCUGGGACAGGACUGGAGAUGAAAAGCGAUCUGUGGUUUUCUCUGCCUGGCACGGCGGUGUUUACUUGCUGAGAUGGCAAAAAAAAAAAAAAAAAAAAAAAAAAAAAAUCUUAAAAAACCAAAAAGCUCCGUGGGUUUAGUAACACGGGGAAAUCCAGCCGCGGUGUCUCUGCCAUUGAUGCUCGGUCUCGCUGCUGCUCGUGGUGCCACUCGCGUUUCGCAAAGGAUUUCGCUCAGAUCGCGCUCGGUGCAGCCGCGGCGGUGCCGAGCGGAGACAGAACCGGGGCGGCUCCUUCAGCCAGACCUCGGCCAGGGACGGCUGGGGAUGCAUUUCUGGCCAUUCCCAGCGCUCCAGGGAUGAGGCGGCUGCGGUGCUGUCGCUCCCAUGGCCGGGGGUCUCACCCGGAUGGGCACAUGCGGGACCCCCAGCUCCGUGCCAGCAGUGCCACCGCUGUCCGGCACCGCGCGUCCAGCCCGGCUCAGCUGCUGCUGGAACCACGAGGUGGCACCAGCCCCACGUCCCCACGGCGAUUCCAAACUUCUUGGCAGAGCAAAUCCAUCGUUCCCUCCCCGCGAGUGUCAGGAGUCUGUGUCAGACCCCUGUGCCCGGCAACUUUGCGCCUCCAGCCCCCCAAAUCCCUGGGGAUCGGCUGGAGGGGGAAGGUCUGGCAUCCUGCCGAGCAGAAGCCCAGCGCAGACAUCAGAUUUAGGGAUUUUGUUGAGAUUUGGGAGACGCCAGGCUCACUUUAGAGCACUCCAGGCGCAUGUGGAGGAAGUAUCUGGUUACUGGAGAGGAGGCACACUCGGGUUUCAGCCCCGGCCCCUGUUUACAGCCGGGUUUGGGGGCCAGAACGAUGAGGGAAAACAGCGAGGGUCACUGAAAGCUCAGCACGGUUGGGUGGCAGCAGUAAACACAUGGCCCGGCUCGGGGCCAGCGCUGAUGCCAGUUAAUCAUUCCAGCUCUUGGAACGAGUUCACAGCAGGACAGCCAGGCCCUGCUGCUGCAUUAAAAACACCCUGGGCAGGGAGGGGACACGAGACCCCCCUCAGUGCCCCCAUGGGGUCACUCCCCAGGGAUCCAUCCCAUCCCUGGUGCUGCUCACAGCCCCUCUGAUGGCUCCAGGGCCUGUCCCCACCAAUGGCUCUGUCCUCAGCAGUGUCCCCGUGCAUUUUCCCCCAGACGUGUCCCAAGCCGGCCACUGCUCUGCCAGGAACGCGGUGCCAUGUGGAGCCAUGGAUGUGCCCAGGAAAACUAAUCAAGCCAGGCUUGCCAAUUAGCGCUAGAGAGCGGCUCAGGACUUGCUAAUUAGUUUAAAUUUCACAGGACUGGUUUCCAAAUGAGUCCCCAGGCGCCACGCUGAGCUUGGUGACCCAAGGAGAGCUGCCAGGCCAGCUCUUGCAGCCAGGAUGUGACCUUGCUGUUCCUCUACCCCAGCACAGCACCCAGACGUGGCACAGGGCACGGGCAAAGCCUGGCAAGAGCCACUGCCACCCACAGCACGAGGACAACUCGUUACACCCAGCAGGGCAUCCUUCCAGGACAGCUCUGGGAUAAGCAGCCAAAAUCCAUCCCUGCAGGGGAGACGAAGGUC